AUGGCAAAACAGAGCCUGCAGGAGAUUACAAAAAAUACAAGCUACAGCUGGGAACGUUUAGGAUUGAGAGAGGUUCCUGUGACAGUUUUCACAACAAAAAUCCUCAAUUUCAGCUUCAAUGUGCUCCCUUCCCUUCAGAAUUCAACCUUCUCUGACCUGAAUUCUCUUCCCUACUUGGACUUAACAAGACCAGUCAUGCUGACCAGCAUCCAGCUCAUGUUUCUGUCUGACACAGCAUUUGCUGGCCCGCGUUCCCUGGAGGGAACACGGGCAGGAAUAACAAGUAUAUUCUUUAUUCCAAUGACAGAUCUUGACAGCUCAGUAUCUGUCAGGGAUCUCUGUCUGGAGUUAUGGCACUUCAGAAAUCCAAAUGCUGACAGAUUUCAGUGUUUAACCAGGCUCCAAAAGCUGGACCUAACCCAAACUCACAUCAUGCACUGCCCUGGCAUCAGUGGCAUGAGGUUGAUAGAGGAGAUGGCUCUCAAUGCAAACUGCUUUGAGCAGCUCUGCAGCAGCAGCUCUGCUGCCUUCCCCUCCCUCCCCUGCCUCCACAUCAAGGGUAACCCACAUGUUCUGCAGCCACGCUCUGGCUAUUUGGAGAAACUGGAAAAGAUUCAACAUCUAGAGCUAAGUCAGAGUCUGAAAUUUGAAAAUUUUGAAAACAUUGAAAAUUCUGACUUGCUUGCUAGCUCAGAGCUGCUGGACUUACCCUUCACUCCUCUCCCUAUCAACACACAGAGCCUCUUCCAAAAUCUGCAUCUCUGGGAAAUGCCCUCAUCCCACAUUAAUACUAGCAUUCAGCAUCUCUUCCAAGGCUUGAAAAAUCUCAUGUUGUUGGACCUUAGUCAAAAUAACUUUGAGUUGGGGAUCAUGCCAAAGGACAAACUGUUCUAACAGCUACCCAAUUUAGAGGUGCUAAUAUUAUCAUCCUGUGAACUGACAGCAAUAGGUAACCAAGUAUUUCACAACCUCAGGAAGUCACAGCGUGUUGAUCUGAGUUACAACAGAUGUACUGCGUUCAGCACAGAUCCAUUUUCAGAUCUCAGGAGUAUCUGUCCCAGCUGUGGCCAUAACAGGAUCCACAUUGCACCAGUGACCAGCUAGUGCCCCUAGGUGGCCACUGCAUGAUCAAUUUCAGCUACAGCCUUCUGGUUCUACUCUAAGAUUGAUUUAAUCACCUGGUACAAGCAACAUCUGGGAAAAACCGAAGACCCUGAAGGAACAAGGUGCUCUGAACCCAAAUUGCCAGCUGGGUUCAGCUGGGCACCAUCUCACUGUCCUGUGGGAAGGAACAUCAGGAAUCACUGCAGUUGUCCUGGCUGUUUUAUCCUGUACUGCCAUCUUCAUUUGGGGUGCUCACCAUUUCUUGCAGAAUUAGCAGCAAUUUUUAAGUCUAGGAUGGGGACAUAUAAAAUAUCUACAGCAACUGUAUUCAGCUGAAAGACAUCUCACUGUUUUUAUCUGUGACUUCUAUUUUUCUUAAAUUUUGUAAUACCCCCCCCUUUUAGAAAAAUAAUGGAAAAAUUAGAAUUGAAAAAAUAAAUUAUGAGCUGAAUCUUGAAAAUUAGUAACUUAUACAGAAAUCCUAGUUCAGCUCAAUGGUAGCUCUAUUGUACCAGUACUGUGGCUAAUGCACUUGGGAAAUCCAACAGCCAAAACACAAAGUUCUUUCUCUUUAAAAAAAGAAAAUCUAACCACCACCACUCCCGAAAAGGGAAAAAAAAAACCCACAAAAAAACAACCAAACCACACAACCCAGGCGAAACUCAAUUUAAAACAAACAAACCAACAACAAAAAAACCCAAACCAACCAAAACCCCAACCAAAUUUCACUCUCUAUCACAUACCCUCGAAAAGCAAUGUUUUAUAAGAUCUGGCAGUGGUGUACCCCACUCUGCUAAAAAAAAACCUCAGCUACCUUGAACAACAGACAGAUCUACAGUCACAUAAGAGAUGCCUUCAGGACUGGCAGAAACAGCAUGUACCACCUCUGUGAUUUUUUAAAAUAUUUCUGUAAAAUACUUUUGAUGCUUAGAUAAAUCCUGGCCAUUGAAAUUCUGUCUAUCCAUCUUUCAGCCUGGGGCGGGCUCUGCUCCUGUGCUCUUUUGUAACAGUCAGUACAGACAAAAUGAUCUUUAACCAUAACACAGUAGAUUUGUGGGUCUAAUCUGUAGGUCCAAUACUUUCCUUGCUUGCACAGGGCAAAACCCUUCAAUGCUGACAGACAUCAGCCAGCCUGGGGUGGGUGUUCCUUUCAGCCACAGCCCAGGAGAGAAAAGCAGAGGGUGCAAAGGGGGCAGUGCUCAGGACAGCCUCAUCCCACGGGUGCUCCUGGUGUCAGCAGCUACUUCAUGUUGCUUCUGGUGGAAGUGAAUUCCCUGAAGUGAAUUCAGGGGCAAUGAUCCCUGCUUCCACUAGGUGUUCAACAGCUAGGCAGGAAGGAAGGCUUAUUAUUUAUAUAAAACCACAUUGUUUUCUCUGCCAUCACAUGUGAAUAAAAUCCAGAGCAAGGCAGAGUAUGUGCACUGGACCAGGGAUCUAAUGGGAGCUUGUUGGGCCUACUCAUCUGCCCUGUAUCACCAUAAAGGCAUUUAUGUUUACUCAGUACUUUAAUAACAGGCUUACCCUGAUGGAUAGACACAACUUUCUGGUGGUGUGACCUUCCUGUCUCCUCCACCACGGGGAGGCUCACCCAGUACCAUUCCCUGGUGUGUUAGGAUGGAGCUGUAGCUCCUCUCUGGGAUGUGGCAGGCCAACUCCCUCUAAACUUCCCAUGCAGGACUCCACAUCCAGCUUCAGCUGCUGUC